AUGGCGUUGGCUGGAAUCAGGACUUGGAAUCCAACUUUUCUUCAGCUAAGGACCUCUACUACAAGCUUACGUUAUGUGACUCCACGUAACUCGAUUUCAUUUCCUCGUUCCUCAAACGUGAAUCUCAAUCGGAGAAACCGUCUCUAUGUUCGUUCCUCCUCCUCUGCUUCAGUGGCACCUGCGAUAGAGGGAUUGAAACCGGCGAUUUCCUUGACGGAGAGUGCGCUUAAGCAUCUGAAUAAGAUGAGAACAGAGCGUGGGGAAGAUUUGUGUUUGAGGAUUGGUGUUAAACAAGGUGGAUGUUCGGGGAUGUCUUACACGAUGGACUUUGAGAACAGAGCUAACGCAAGACCAGAUGAUUCCACCAUUGAGUAUGAAGGCUUCGCUAUAGUUUGUGAUCCAAAGAGCAUGCUUUUUCUAUUUGGGAUGCAGCUUGAUUACAGUGAUGCUUUGAUCGGUGGAGGCUUCUCUUUCUCGAAUCCUAACGCUACACAAACCUGUGGAUGUGGGAAGUCUUUUGCUGCAGAGAUGUGA